AUGGAUACCGACGCCGACCGCCAGCUGAUUGGCGAGAAAUGCGAGUUCAAGGUGUACCGCCAUAAUACAAAGAAAGACGGAAAACGCGCUGUCGAAGUCCUUUCCAAACCCUUCGAGGAUCUGUCACUGGACGACCAAGACCACCCCUAUGCCCUGGUCAUUAAUCGAUACUUCGGUGAGAAGAGCCAGCUCGAGAAGACGACCUUGCAAAUCAAUUCCGGUCGCCUUCUCAAGGUCUUCCGAGAAGUGAUCGGCUCCUACCCAACUGUCCCUGCGGAUUUCCAGGACCCGUUCCAACUUGACAGUCCGUUCCAAAUCCUAUUCCAUCAUUGGGGAGACUUGGACGAGCAGCGGCAGCAGACUCAAGAUGCCCAAGAGCGAAUGCAUCUUAACCUGUUGUUCGAUUUCAUGAACAACGAGCUUGGCCAAGAGAGAGACCGCAUCCGCGGCAUGAUCCGGAAGAAUCAAAUCACUUUUACGGCUGCAUGGUGCAUCUUCCGCCCCGGAGAUUUAGUCUACACUUCAUUCAUGGGGCAUCCGUGGCUAUUGCGAUGCCAAAAAACUGCCUAUGAGGAAAAUGUGAAACGAGGUCCCUAUUUGGAAGUUCAUUGCAUAUUCUCGGAUCAUAAUGGUACAGUGGCAGGGCAGGCUAAACAGGUCUUUAAGAUUUACCAAAAAGAGGCUUUCGGUGCAGAAAACCCCGCGGUCAUUACUGAGCUUCCUGUUUAUCCUCGGGAGUUUGUCAAGGGUCAUGACCGUCUAGAAGAGCGACUAAUCGAGCGUGGUCGGAGAUUUCUUCUUCUCCAAGGGAUGUCGAUCAAGGCAUACGACGGGCCGGCCAAGUACCUCAAGGAGCCUUACCACCGCAUCUAUGAUCCAUUCAUGGCCGAUUGGCCGGGUGUGUGGCUGCCAUAUACGGAGCUAGGCAGAGUCAUUGUGGACCGGAAAACCUACCAAGAGGAACAAAUUGCGAAUGGGGUAAAUGUCCAAGUACAAGAGACAGACCCACUACUAUGCCCUCCAUAUCAGUAUGGGUUCUCAAUAGCUAGAAAGGAAUGGGCUCGUUUCUUAGUUGAUUGCCUUACGGAAGUGAGAUGGGAGAAGGAUGUCUGGGAUUCGUUGAUUGUUGGUGGUCGACCAAAACUGGUUCUUCAGUCUCUGGUCACUUCUCAUGCUUACCCCGAAGAUGCCCGCGAUCAAAUGCGGCAAAAGGGGAAGGGCCUGGUUGUUCUUCUUUACGGGACCCCUGGAUCGGGCAAGACAUUGACUGCAGAAACUGCGGCGGAAGGAACCCAGAAAGCCUUAAUCAUGACCUCACUCGGGGAACUCAAUAAGGAAGACAGCACCUGGGCCUUUGAAGCCCGUCUGCGACUCAUUCUGCGCUAUGCCACCAUAUGGAAGGCAGUCGUCCUGAUGGAUGAGGCGGACGUGUUUCUGGAGGCUCGAGACGACCACGGCGAUAAUAACACCCGGAACGCCCUUGUAGCUGUCUUCCUCAAAGAACUGGAAUACUUCAGCGGUGUUGUAUUUCUCACCACCAAUCGCAUCAGAUCGUUUGACCGAGCAAUGAAGUCUCGGAUCCAUCUUGCUCUCGAAUACUCACCACCAGGAAUUGAAACACGUCAGCAAAUUUGGCAGCAGAUUCUGAGCACUAUUCCUCCAAAGGAUACGGAUGUAGACCUCGAUGAUGCAAUUGAUCACUUCGUGGCAGUAAAACUCAAUGGCCGAGAGAUUUCCAAUACCAUCAAUACCGCGCGAACAAUUGCUCGAUUUGAAAACAAACCACUUCAGCUUAACCAUAUUGAGCUUGUCCUGGGUGUCCGGAGAGAAUUCGAGGACAGCUUGAAAAAGGCCGCGAAGAAAUCCGGCCAAUCGGCAGACGGGGUUGGGCCGUUGAUUGAUCGAACAAACUCUAUCAUCGAAGAAGAAGAAGAUGGCUUCAAAUCCUAG